CUAUAGAAAGCAGCCUGAUUCCGUUAGCAGUUUAGGAGCCCCCACACUAGUCCUACGAGGCCACAGCGCCGCCGCGGACUCACCGUCGCCAGACUCGCCACCGAGCUGCCGCCCGCAGCUGAACGCCGCCGCUCCCGCUCGACUGGUCUGAUCAGAAGGUUCUGCGGGAGUUUACCUAUAAACUUUCUUAUCUUCAACAUUAACCCAAUGCAACUUUUUAGGAACCAACCUAUGUAAGGCAAUGCUUACCACCUGUACUGGCAAGCUACAACUAAUAUGGAACGCCAUAUCCUGCGUACUGCUCUUCUACGCUUUCAUCACUUUUGAUUCACCUCAUAAGAUCUGCCACAGCAAGAGACCUUUCAACUUCACAACAUCGGUCUCUAGGUCGUUGCAUGAGAUCCACGCCAAUUCAAGACUUGUUCAUGAAAAGGUCGUCGUUGGACAGAGGCUGGCAGAAAACACCCAAACCAUUACUAACAUUACUACAAUUGCGACAUCUGGCUGGAGCAUUGUGAAGAAAGAGUUCACAUUUCCUGCUAGGCGUGCCCCUUUCAAUAGCUGUCAUGCUUCCACUAUUGUACAGAUUGAUGAAGGGAAUUUUUUGGUGGCAUAUUUUGGUGGAUCUACGGAAGGUGCUCCGGAUGUCAAAAUCUGGUUGCAGAGAUAUAGUGGUGGCCACUGGCAUCCUCCAGUAGUGGCUGAUGAGCAAUUGGGGGUGCCUAUGUGGAACCCUGUUCUGUUUCAGCUUCCCUCUCGUGAACUGCUUCUCUUCUACAAGAUUGGCCAAGAAGUCCAGAAGUGGAGUGGUGCCAUGAAAAGGUCGCUGGAUGGCGGACUAACCUGGUUACCAAGAGAGCAGCUGCCACCUGGUAUCCUUGGUCCAAUUAAGAACAAGCCAUUCUUGCUUGAAGAUGGUCGCCUACUAUGUGGAUCAUCAGUUGAGAGUUGGAACUCUUGGGGUGCAUGGCUUGAGGUUACACAAAACGCCGGCCGUACAUGGAGAAAGUAUGGCCCUAUAUAUGUAGAAGGACAGCCACUUGGGGUGAUUCAGCCAGUUCCCUACCGUACUGCAAAUGGGAUUAUUCGAGUGCUGCUAAGAUCAUUUCAGACAAUAGGCCGUGUCUGUAUGGCAGACUCCUUUGAUGGAGGUGUGACAUGGAGUUUUGUGCGAGGAACUGAGCUUCCAAACCCGAAUUCUGACUUGAAAGCUGAAGGUAUUGAUGGAGUUAAGAUGAAGGAUGGAAGAGUGGUGCUUGCCUACAACACUUUUUCCAGAGGAACGCUCAAGCUCGCAGUUUCCUUAAAUGAUGGUGAUUCUUGGAACGAAGUGCUGACACUGGAGGAUACCAGUGGUAUGGAGUUUUCAUAUCCUGCAGUGAUCCAGACCAUGGAUCAGCUCAUACAUGUGACGUACACAUACAACCGAACGCAGAUUAAGCAUGUUGUUAUUAAACCUGGUGCCACGAUGAAGUGAAUCCGCAACUAUGGGAGGAUCAUGGUUUGCAACAUGGAAGCACUUAAACUUUGUUCAACAGCUUUGUGUGACAAUUACAUCAUACUUGCUAAAUUACCUGAUUGUAUUGUGCUUCUAGGUUGUUGCUGAAGAAACGUUUGCAACUACAUUUUUAACAGAUGCUACAUACAUCCCUCCCAAAAAGAGUGGCACGCUACGCUAGUGUUCAAAAUUUGUUCCAGAAAGAGUGUCAUUUCACCCUCUGGACUAGUUUGGUGGGAACCAGCUACCAAGAGUCAUUUUUUUGUAGGCACAUCAUCUUAUACUAGUAAAAUUAUUAAAGAUUUGUUGGAAA